AUGCACUACGGCGUACUAGUGGCUCUUGUGCUUGGUUGUGCAUCUGAAAAGUGUUCGAUAGACCUCAAAGAAUCUUUCCGAGGUUUCGCAAAAGAUGCUCCCCCUUUACUAGUUGUAGCAAUUGAAAAGCAUUUGAACAAAAAAUUGAAGCAAGAAGAUUGGAUUGUUAUGGACAUUAUUCACGAAGAUGAGGGAACAAGUGUGAUUGUUUACGUAGGGAUUAAGUUUGGUCGUUACACCAGUCUAGGACAAGCUGUAGCUAUCAAGUUCACAGGACCAAAGUUGAAUAAAGCAAAAACAAUGGAUGGUCUCCAAGCGCUGAAGUUACUCAUCCAUUGCAGUGGCAUGGAUUAUCAGACUGCAAAUGGGCCAAUGUCAUGA